AUGGUCACGAUGCGAUCUUUAUAUAUGCUCUCAGCUGUUUUCGGCACGGUGACCGCAGCGCAUGAGAAAAGGUCAGGUGGAGGAGGUCCUACACCCGAGAAACUCCUCGAUGACAAACUCGCUCGCCUAUCUCUCCUAGCUGGAGGAUGUGUCCUUGCCUUUUUCUUGAUCUGGCAUUCUGUUAUUCGGUUUUCAAACCACAUAAGGCGACUCACGAGUCUUAACAAUGAAUACCAACGAUAUUUCAUCCCGGCGGAUCCAUUCUGGGCAUGGCUGAAGAAAUCGGUGAUAUAUGCCCCCUUGUUUCGAACCCGGCAUAACCGUGAAUUCCGUCUUUCUACAGCCAUCAACGUUGGAACUCUUCCCACUCGCUUCCAAACCUUCCUUAUCUUAGGGAUCAUCGCGAUGAACGUAUCCCUCUGCUGCGUCACAGUCCCAUAUCCAGAAGCGGAAUCGAAGGUCCUGGGUAUCAUUAGAAACCGUUCGGGUACAAUGGCUGUGGUUAAUCUAAUACCCUUAGUCGUCAUGGCAGGGAGGAACAACCCACUCAUUAAACUCCUGAACGUAUCCUUUGAUACCUGGAAUCUUUUACAUCGCUGGUUUGCUCGGAUCGUCGUUUUGGAGGGUCUCACCCAUGUUCUUGCGUGGAUGAUAAACAAAGUCAAUACAAAGGGCUGGAACUCCGUCACGGCUUCUUUCCAAAGCCAGUUCAUCAUGACCGGCCUAAUCGCCAUGAUAUUUUUCUUAAUGCUCGCUUUACACUCGCCGUCUGCAAUUAGACACGCGUUCUAUGAGACCUUCUUGCAUCUCCACAUCCUCUUUGUGGCACUGACUUUCGGCUUUUUAUACAUCCACUUGAAGGAGAGGCCCCAGCGACGAUAUCUCAUUACUUCCGUCGUGUUUUGGGGGCUCGAGCGUUUAAUCCGUAUUGCCAUCAUUCUUUGGAGAAACUUCGGGAAGAAAUGUACAAAAGCAACCGUCGAAGUGCUACCGGGAGAGGCACUUCGCAUCACCUUGAAACUCGCACGGCCAUGGAGAUUCAAGCCAGGUCAGCACCUGUAUCUCUACAUGCCAUCCGUGGGGUUUUGGAUGUCUCACCCUUUCACCGCUGCGUGGAGCGACGCAGAAGAGGACCUGAAUGAAGAGAAGGGACUCGCCAGAUCUCGUCAAGAUAUUCAGAGUAUGCCAAAAACAACCACCAUUUCUUUGAUCGUCCGUCGACGAACAGGAUUCACAAACGCUCUGUUCGAACGUGCGAGUGCAAACAGGGAUGGCCGCAUUUCCCUCAACGCCUAUGUCGAAGGACCAUACGGCGUCGACCACUCCCUCGACUCGUACGGGACAGUGUUGCUCUUCGCCGCCGGUGUUGGGAUCACACAUCAUGUCGCUUUCGUCCGUUAUCUCGUUACAGGCUUUGCCAAUGGCACCGUCGCUGCCCGUCGAAUUACCCUGGUGUGGAUCAUCCAAUCACCUGAGCACCUCGAGUGGAUCCGUCCAUGGAUGAACAGCAUCUUGUCCUUGGAGGGGCGUCGCGAUAUCCUUCGAAUCAUGCUCUUUAUCACCCGUCCACGAAACACGCGCGAAAUCCAUAGCCCUAGCUCAACCGUGCAGAUGUUUCCCGGAAAACCCAACGUGCAAACGCUCAUCGAUGGCGAGAUAGAAAAUCAGAUCGGAGCUAUGGGCGUCCUUGUUUGCGGGACGGGUAGCUUGAGCGAUGAUGUCCGACGAGCAUGCCGACAGAGGCAAUCCGGGAGCUGUAUUGAUUUCCUUGAGGAAAGCUUUUCGUGGUAG